AUGAAGCCUCUGGCAAUGAAGAAGAAAAUAGUAAUGAAGAAGUCAAAGAAAGCCACCCGUGGUAAGCGGACACUUUCCAAAGGCCUGCCAUCGUUCAAGGUGAAAUCGAAACCUGACUCCAACACAAUCGACAACAAUGACACAAUCGACAAUGACGAACAUGACGACUUUGGAGAGCUUCCAUGUGACACAAUAUUGGCAUUCCAGUCGAUACAGGCAAAUUCGGAAGGGUUGCACAUCCCACUACUGGGAGGCCGUUUCGUUCAGGCUGUUUUGGAGACGCAACUCUUUCAAAAGUUUGACGAGAAUCAUGCAUCGAUAAUCAUGCAAGAAGUUCUGGAGCUGAUUCAAAACGGUCAGUUGAUCAGGAUGUCUUGUCAUGAUGAAGGCCAAACUGCAUUUACUUUGUCCAACGACUACAUUGCAGCUGUGUGGGACGCACAUCAGAAUCACAUGCUUGAAUGCAGGCAACAAGAAAAUAGCAGAAUGCGACCAGAGAUUGUGACGUGGUUUGUAAGCUGUCUCAAGGAAUGGAAGGAACCUACGAUUUCUGAAGAAUCCAUGGAGGCUUACUGGAAGGAUGAUAUCAGCGUUCAAUCGGAUACAGACCAGUCGCAAAGCAAAAUUUCAUUUAGAGAUGCUGUCAUAGCAUUGGUCAAGCUGCAGAUUCUCAUGAAAGUUCCAAUAUCUUCUAUGGCUUCAGAAAGUCACUAUCGUUUCUGGUUACCGCAAUGGGGCGUCGUACUGAAACAGUGGGACAAAGCACGCAGGAACAUGAUGGCAUGCAUCAAUCGCUCGAGCGGAGGCGAGAUAUCCGAAACGAAUCUUUUGAACUUCAAUCGACACAGCUGCGUGUCGACGCGAUUCCUUUUGAAUGACCUAGUCAACAGAGGAAAAGUGAAUAUUGUGGAGCGACCAUUUGGCAAGUUUGUACGAAGAGUAGCUACAAGUGAACAUUGA